AUGAACCUCGAGAACUUCAUUCGUACACUUUCAAUGAUGUACACAGCCCAUGACAAUGAAACGCGCCGUACUGCUACAAUGGAAAUCAUGCGAGCGGAGGAUCAAAUGAGUCCAGACGAAGUGCUGCGCAUUGGAGUUGAGCUGUUUAGAGUGACGGAUUAUGGGGCUGCAGUGCAAGCGUAUGGUGCGGUGCUUUUGAGGCGUGCCCUUGUGUCUGGCCGUAUCGGUGCCAGUGCGGUGCCGUACAACGAGAUUAUGAUGUGGUACUUUAACGAACCGACUUUAGGUCGUCUCCUGUGCGGGGACCUUGUAGAUCUCAUCACAGAGUGUAUUGUGCACGAAUGGCCUGACAGAUGUCCGGACCUUAUGAAUCAGGUGUGCCCACCACAGGCGGGUCUGUCUCAGCAGCCGCGCAAGGUUCGCCUGUUGUGCUUGCUCGUCUCACGCUGCAUGGAGCCGCAUCUCGGUAAAGUCCCUGUGCAACGCAUGAAGAAACUGAAGAACGCCAUGACAGAGUGCGGCAGGAGGAUCCUGGUGGAGGUCAUCCAGGCACUUUUUGACAUGUACACGGCGGCAGGAGGUGAAGGUAGUCGCUGCUGCGCAGAAGGAACAUCGGAAUCCGUCGUGGACUGUCUAACAAUCGUUGUGAACUUGGCCCCUUCCCUCAAGGUGUCGCAGUGGUGGGAAGUGGGAUUGGGCAAUGCACUGUCGGUGCUGGUGCACUGGCAGCCCAUGGCCCAUGAGGCACUCGCUGCAACGACAGCCCUCCUGCGCUGUGACGUAUUGUCAUCAGGGACAGUGAGCCCAGAGCUCUCAGUGCUUCUCGGCGCAGCUCUCGGUUCUGUGGAUGUGUGUUUGGCGGAGCGGAGCUACGGAACUCUUGAUGAAAUAGCGGAUCUUUUACAUGAAAUGCCGGAUAAAUUAAUUCAAUCCGUAGCAGCACCAGUUAGCCAAGCGUGCCUUGUUAUGUUGGCGGUUCCAAGCAUAUCCCUUGCCAGUACGGUGUGUAGUGUGCUGAAGCGCCUAGGCGAUGACGGCUUCUCGCACUUCAACCCCUUAGACUUUAUGGCACGUAUUGCUGUGCUGGUGCCAAAGAACAAAUGUCGCCCCGAGACUGGUACCGACCGCGAAGGGGUCCUCUUGUCAGAGCAGCAGUUUGGAUCCGCUGAACUUUUUGAACGAGGCUUCGCAGAGUUCCGCAGUCUUGUAGGAGGUCUGCUGUCGACGUUGGCGCGCAUCUACCCUGUUGUCGCUAACCAGUUUAUCACACAACUCCUUACAACACUCUGCGACGGAAGAGGCGUAUUGGGGGAUCCGCGGACAUCGUCAGGAUUCGUGACACAGCAAAGCAACACAUUUUGUCAGUGGGAGGCGUCUCAAUUCCUGAUUGACCACCUCUCCGAGUCGUUCAAGUACUCCUCCGACUAUGUGGGGCAGGCAAUAGAGGCACUGGUAGAGCAUCAGACUGAAGACAUGGUUCUCUGCCCCGUAUUUCUCAACAUGCUCUCAUACUUCUGGAACUGCAGGGACGACGUGGCGCAGAGUGUCUGGGAGAGAACCCUCAACAUCAUCUUCUCAUGCCUUGACCGCAAGAACUACGACAGAAAUGACAUUGAUGUCAUGUCUGCACGCAAACGUGCGGUCACACUUCUCGUUAAUGCCUGCAGCCAACACGCGGUGAGACUGUCAUACUUUUGCGAUCCCUUCAUGAGGCGCAUGGAGCGGCUGCUGAUGCUGCCGUCCACAACAGCACAGGAACGGACGCUGCUGUACGAGGCCACUGCUGCGCUCACCUCCGCGCUCCCCCCUGAGGAGGGGGAGCGGCGUCUGCAAUCCAUCUUCAGCCCCAUUCUGAAGAUGCUGGAGCGGCGUGUGGAUAGCAUGACUCAGGGGGAGUUUAACAACAUCAUCAUCGGGGACACGCAAGACUACCGCGACGAGCGCAACAUGAUCCGCGACGGUGUGACCGUCGUGGCCGGUGUCCUGCGGCGCUGCAAGACAUCACCAUACAUCGUGGAGUCCUCCACAGCGCUGGCGCCAUACAUUAUGCGGCUGCUGGAAUUCAUUCACGGCAUUCGCGUGGAGGAGCUGCCGCCCGCCUACGCCGGUAUCCUCGACAUGGGCAUCGACGAGCGCGAGCAGUAUUUGCCAGGCCAUUCACGGCGCAGCGCACACCCUAGAGGCGCGGUCCAGAGGGCUCGUCAAACACUAUUGGAAAUGCGCAUGUCGCUUUAUCAGGUUGUCGGCGGGCUGAGUGCGUUCCUCCCCGCCGAGGCCUUGCGUGGGAUAUUGAGAAUGCUCGGGGUGUCGGUCCAGUUUCUGCCCACGUAUGCCGUGCGUUCGCUGAUGCUGCAGUGCCUCUUCCCCAUCGGCAGCGCCCACCCCGAACUCCUCGCCGAUAUCCUUCUACCAUGUGUCGCUGUCUUCGAGCGUCGGGUCGCCUGCCGCAACGCAAAACCUGAGGAUGACGUCAUUAAUACCAGGCAGCUUUUCUACUACUCCAAGGACGUCUUUACGUUUAUCCGGCGGCACAUCGUUGAGCGGAAGCUGCUGGAGGGAGACAUACAGUUGGUGCAGAGCGUGGUUUUAGUGGCGCUGAGCGUGCUCGAGAGCGGCGCCAACACGCAUGAAGCCUCCCGAUUCAUCUUCACAACACUUGACGGCGCCUCCUGCGUCGGCGACGGGACGGCGGCGCAGUUGGACCAAUUAGCGGUACAUACCUUUGGUCGCAUGCUGGACUUCGUCACGUGCGCAGAUGAUACCAUCUUGCCCUUGAAGGACAGGGAACGCCUAGUAACCACCCUCGCUGACAAUUACCUGGACCACUUCCCAAAGUACGUCACGGCUCUUCAGACACGGUUCUCGCAGACGCAGAUCGACGAACUGCAUGCACACUUGGCAAUUUCGACACGUUUUGAUGUAAAACGUCGACACUUCAAGGAGUUCUUGCUGCGCCCGCCGGGAGAGGUGCUGGGUGCGAAGUAA